AUGGAAGUAACGAAUCAUAGCGAAUUAGAAAAAUAUUUAAUCAGAACAAAAAAAGAAAGAGAAAAACUUACUCCCCCCUUCUUUAAAUUGGAACAAAAAAUUUUGUUCCAAUUUAAAGGGGCUUAAUUUUUUUUUUAAAAAAAAAAAUAUAUCAAUAUAAAAUUUUUAUAAAAAAAAAAUUUAUAUAAAAAAAUUAAACAAAACAAUUUAUCGAAUUAGAUCAAUAUUUUAUUUAAUGAAAUGCUAUUUACUCUUUAUUUUUAAAACAAAGCAAGAUAUAACUAAAUUUUCAUUAUUAGUUUAUACGCCACUAUUAAUUGGUAUCAAAAUUAUUUACACAAAAAUUAUUAUUUUUAUUGAUAAAAAAAAUUAGAAAAUUUAUCGAUCAAAGUGCUAAUUUUGUUUAAAUAAGAUGUUAUUUAUGCUCUAUUUCUUUAAAAUAACGCAAGAAAUAAGUAAAUUUUAAAAUUUUAUAAGGAAUUCGCAUUGGAUUUAUGUCGAAACUAUUUAAAUAAAAAAUAUCAUUUUUAUCAAAAAUAAAAAUUUUUAAAAAAAAACAAUUAUUUUUUUUUUAAAAUUUAACAAUUAAGGAUAAUAAAUUUAUUUAAAUAAGAUGCUCUUUAUACUCUCUUCUUUAAACAAGAAAGAAGAAACAUUUAGCUUAUAUCGAAACUUUUUAGAUAAAAUUAUAUAUAAUUUUUUAUUAUAAAAUUAAAUUUUGUUAAAUUUAAAGGGGGUUAAUUUACCAAAAAAGUGGAAAUUUUACCUAUAUUUUGUUCCAAUUUAAAGGGGGGGGAGUUAGAAAAAUUGCAGACCAAUACUAUGAAGAUUUAAGAAAUAGAUCAAUCGAAAGAAAACACCUAAAAUCUUUAUCCUGCGAUGAUGGAGAAUCUAAUGGACCUUCUUUGAAUGGGUUCAAAAAAUUCAAUGCUGAGUUAUCAACACAGCUAAAUUGGCUGGUAAAUUCACCAUCAAAAGACAAGAAAAAUGAAAGGAGAGUUUGAAGGUUUGAAAAGACACCAGAAAGCAGCCGUCAUAAAAUCAAUCAAAAAACAGUAGCCAUUUAUGCGAAUAAAUGACCAGAGGUUCAUCAGCCUUCCUCAACAAGAGCUUCAAAUAAUCCAUCACUGCAGGCUCGAUAUAAGAAUAGUUCAGCUAUUCUUAAGAGCAGACUAGUAUCUUCUGCAGCCCAAACUCCGAGAAAAAGCAAAAGUCAAUUGAGAGGGCAGUUUGAUAUAUCCAGACCAAAAAUUGACAUUAAAGAAAAAAUUAAUACAUAA